GUCACAGCUCCGCCGGUUCGAGUCCGGAGGGAGGGCAGUCCUCUUGCAUCCCUAAGACCAGCAAACGCGCUCUUUAAAAACCAGGCGCCACAUUUCUAUAGCUCUUUAGAUUAUCUUCCAAGUUCUUCAGAACCGUCGUCGUAGUAGCUAUCCCCUUACAGCAACCCUGGAAGGUAGGUCGAUUACCUGCGGAUGGAGGUGGGGGGCGGGAAAGAGAAUCACCGAGGCUUGUCAUCAAACACUAGUUGGGGGCUGAGAUGAGAUCUGAACCCGGGGCUUCCUAGAUCACUGCCCACUUUUUUAGCAACUAUGCUACAACUGCUCAUUGGGUCAUUUCUGCAGCACUUUCAUUGUCCAAAGCUAUUUCUGACCCAUUUCCAGCGUAGCAUUAUUUGGGACCCAUUUCCACAGGGAGCCACGACUGGGAAAGAUGCUCACACCCUGUGCUCCUGGCAACCAAGAAGCUGACAACAGUAUCAAAAUUUGUGAAAACCAUUUAGCCUUAUAGUGCAAUCUCAUGCAAAUCUAUUAGGUCAGUUCCACUGAGUUCAAUGGGAUUGAAAUGCAAUUCAGUAAAUGCCCACUGAAUUGCAACCUUGCAACAUAGACCUAGGUAUCUUUACUCAGAAGUAAGCCUCACUGUGUUCAGUGGUGCUUACUCCUAGAUAUGUGUGCCUAGGAUUGCAGAUUUAUAGUGUUAUUCUCUAAGUUGUCUACUCAGAAGUAAGUCCCACUGAGUUCAUGAGAUUUACUUCCAGGUAAAUUAGCACAGGACUGCACCCUUAAUCUUAUUCCAACCCUCCGAGCACUGUCCAGAUUUGAUUUACUUCCUUUCCUCCUAAUGGGCAAUUAGGUUGGGCCAUACAACACACAUCCCCCAGUCUGAAGUUGCCAAAGUCCGUUCUUCUAGCACACCAGGUGGAUGUGGAAUCUUCAAUUUAAAAUCUAUCCAGAAGGAUUAUUUCAUUCAGGGUCCAGAUCCCACUUACAUGGGAAGUUCCUCAGCUUUGGAAGGAACAGGAAGAAAGUUGAUUGGACCCAGAAAAGCCUAUGCUGAGGAGCAGAAAGAUGGAACACUAAAAACAGAUCCACAGGGGCAGGAGGAGGCCUGGAAAUAAAGACCUUAUAUCUAAUGCCUUUAUAUGUUGGGAGGAAGAUAAGAAAUUACCCCGGGGAUUUGAAUGCUGUUCUUUAUUUGUGCUUGGGCGGUUCGCGCAGUUGAAAUAUACCUAUAUACCAGAAACACACUGCGGUCCAGUUGAUGCAUUCUGUAGAAUUAAAUGGCAAAGCUCUUCCUGGCCUAUAUCACUGCAAAGGAAACUCCAUCUUAGGAAGAAAGAACCUACUUCCAGAUUCAAAACAAGCAGACGAGGGAGAAGAAUGCAGCCUAGGAGUCUUCCUCAAGCGCACUCCCCACUGCUGCCUUUGAAAAUCGCAAUGCUUAACAAAGUAGUUCAAUCCAAAGGGAACGAAAGCUUUGGCCACAUGAUUCUGCCUGCUGAAACUAUAAACAGGAGUGAAGUAUGUGCUGGCUGGCUAAUAACAGUUCCCUGAUUUUAAGGGGUUUGCCAUAAUCAAGGCCAUGGUUGCCAAAGCCACGUAACAGGGGUGAAUUCAGCAGAAAGCAAGGCAGCUACAAGCCAAAUGACCUUGUGAAUGGCUACCUCUGAAUUAAUGGCCCCGCUUACCUUUACAGUGGUACCUCGGGUUAAGUACUUAAUUCGUUCUGGAGGUCCGUACUUAACCUGAAACUGUUCUUAACCUGAAGCACCACUUUAGCUAAUGGGGCCUCCUGCUGCCGCCGCGCUGCCGGAGCACAAUUUCUGUUCUCAUCCUGAAGCAAAGUUCUUAACCUGAAGCACUAUUUCUGGGUUAGCGGAGUGUGUAACCUGAAGCGUAUGUAACCUAAAGCGUAUGUAACCCGAGGUGCCACUGUACUUGAAGGGAGCACUACUUAUUUCAAUCACACUCACUUCUGAGAAUUUCCAAAGGCCGGUUUUUGCAAGAGGCUGUGCGAGUCUCUUGAAGCAAAAACCACAGAGAGUCCUGUGGCACCUUCAAGACUAACACAUUGAUUAUGGGAUAAGCUUUCAUGGAAUCCGGCCCGUUUCCCACCCCGCAGGAUAUAUGCACCUGCAACUCAGGAUAACACUUCGUGCAUAUGAUGAAGUGGACUGCACUCCACAAAAGCUUAUGCCAUAAUGAAUUUACUUUUGAAUAAAUCGGCUUAGAACGGCCGCCUUUAUUGUGGAAUUGAGCCUUCGUAUCGCUGUAAUCCCUGCAACCUGCUAAAGUCUUUAAAGCUGUUGCUGGUGUAUACUUCUGAGUAGAAGGGCAAACAACUUUUUACAGGCUGAUCCUAAAAACAUUUACCGGUACUUGGAAAUAAGCUUUCUGGCCUUCUACAAACCUUACUUCCAAAGAUCAAGUUGCUUUGCCUUUCUCGUUGCCUGUUACAUUUAAAGGUGGAGGAGCAAGAGAGAAAGUCAGGGAUAUCAGUUGUUUGGACUGGUGAUAUUCAGAAUUGUAAACUCACUCGAAGGCCUAUUACAGUCAGAAGUGUGGACUGGAACUUUUCAAAAGAAAAAAAAUAGUUACAGUUUGUAUCAUUGCACGUUAUGGUAUAUGAAAUAUGAAAAAAUACUUUAUAUUUAUAUAGCACUUUAAGAUUUCCAAAGUGUUUCACAGACAAAAUCUCUGUAAUCCUUACAAGGAAUCCUUUAAUGUAGGCCAGUAGAAUUACAGUAUUUCCAUAUUGCAACAUGGGUGAGACUUCACUCCCUUUUCUGCUUGAAGAAUGAAGGAGCAGACACUUCAUAUUUUGAAACUUUAAUUCCUGUUCCUGAACUCAGACUUGACAGUCUGCAGCCUGUAUUCUAGCACUGACAUUGGAGUUUAAUCACCAUCUGCCCACAAGUAAGGCAAACCUCCAAGUUUUCUGCUGAAUCAAAUCCAGGAGUUUCAUUGUGAAAUCUGAAGAUAAAAUGUUAGAAAUUCAGAAUCAGAAACUUAAACAAGAAUCCCAAAUGAAAAAUUCACACAGUUUACAAAGUUGUAUGGUGACAAAGAAGGCUAGCUCUGUUAGCUCAUCAAUCUUCCUAUUUUAAACAUAGAAGCCUUGUAACUCAUACAAAAUGUGUGUGAUGAGGAGGGGAAGAAGGAGGACAGUUCAAGAAAAAAUAAUCUAGCCCUGAAGUAGUGCAAUUGCUUAAACAGCAGGAGUGAAGUCGAGCUUGUUUAGGGCAUGAGGAGUAAGUGAGUAAGCCAAUCUUCAUCACCCUUGCACUCUCCAGAUGUUUUAGACUACAACUUCCAGCAGCUGCACAUCUGGAGUGCAUUCAGGUUGGCGAAGGCCGAAAUAAGUCAUCAAAUUUCCACUGCAUCUAUUUGAGUUCCCUUGUGGUUUUGGUACACUGCUUCUUGCUCAUCUCCAAAUAGCAACAUUGAGUCUAAUGUACAAGGACCUGCAAUGGGGGACGCUUCUUCUUCCUCGCGCUGAAUUCAUGACGUGAUGUUGCAAGGACUGAAAUACAUUAGAAAGCCCUUCAGGGCUUUCAGAGUGAAAGGAAAGUUAUUAAUUUGAAUUCUGGCAGCGCAUAUAUUUAAAUAUUAACUAUUUACCUGGCACUGACCUGCAUUUAUCCAGACCUGCAGUUGUACAGAACCAUUGCAGAGCUUUUAAAAAUGGGAAGAGGGUUAGGGGGAACACAGAGUAUUGCGUGUUCUGGCCACUUUCCCAGUGAGACCAGAGCUCCCUUUCUUUAAUGCAGCCAUUUGAAAGAUUUUGAGAUGGAAAUUCAGCAUAUAGAUCCUUCAGAAAGUUCUGGGCUGUGGUUUUUGAACAGAAAACUCCAGUUCACGCACAUGGAAUAUAUCUUAGAUUAGAAGCAACCACGUGUGAGAAAAAGCUCAUGGUUUCUUACCUCACUGCAAAGCAACAUGCCGAGGGAACAGUUUGGAGCAGAGAAAUGACAGGGGAAAGGGGUGUUUAAUUUGUGAAACCUCAAGCGGGGAGGAGUAGCUUGGAAAGGGGCAACACAGGAAGGCAGGGCAGGAUUAGAACCUGAAUUGAUGCUCCUUGUUUUUUAUUGCCCCCUCUUGAUGCUGCAUUUUUCUCAAAGAACUGGCUGCUAAGAAGGUCUAUUACCGGUAGUUAUUUAUUUAUUGCAUUUACUUUAUAUCCCGCCUUUCUCUCCCAGUGAGAAAAGGGCACCUACCCCUUACCCCUAAUCUCUCAUUGUUCUUUGGACAAGAAAUAUGAUGCUCAGGGGCUGAAGUGGUUGGCAUUUCUGUUCCAGAAUAAUUUAUAUAUCCUUCGUGGGAGUCCUGCAGAUGUUUUGAAGGGUUGGUGUAUGUAUUUGAACAAAAAUAGUAGAAGUGCUGUCAACCACAUUAUAGUGUCAUUGUCCACCUUUGUGAACACCUGUGAAAUGUUAGAAAGAACAGAAAGAGACCACUUUCCAGUACAGUGGUACCUCGGGUUAAGAACUUAAUUCAUUCUGGAGGUCUGUUCUUAACCUGAAACUGUUCUUAACCUGAAGCACCACUUUAGCUAAUGGGGCCUCCUGCUGCCACCAUGCUGCUGCCGCACAAUUUCUGUUCUCAUCCUGAAGCAACCAUUCUCCCGACUGUUUUCUAAAGAAAGCUCUGCGUAGAAUGGGUUGAAUCUGGACUUAGUCAUACAUAGAGUAAACUCACUAAAGUCUGUAGGAAUUAAGAUAGUCCUCAAGACUGACAAUCCCAAUUGAUUUCAAUGGGUCUACUCUAAGGCUGUACAGUGGUACCUCGGGUUAAGUACUUAAUUCGUUCCGGAGGUCCGUUCUUAACCUGAAACUGUUCUUAACCUGAAGCACCACUUUAGCUAAUGGGAAUGGGGCCUCCUGCUGCCGCUGUGCCACCACAGCACGAUUUCUGUUCUCAUUCUGAAGCAAAGUUCUUAACCUGAGGUACUAUUUAUGGGUUAGCGGAGUCUGUAACCUGAAGUGUAUGUAACCUGAAGUGUCUGUAACCCGAGGUACCACUGUAUACACAUUGUACCUUUACAGCACAUUUAAAACACAUUCUUUACCUCAGAGAAUUCUGGGAACUGUAGUUCACCCCCCCCCAGUUACAAUUCCCAGCAGCCCUUAAAAAACUGCAGUGCUCUUAAAUCAUUGAAGGGAAAGAAUGUGCUUUAAAGGUUUAGUGUGUACACAGCCUUAGUAAUUCUGGGUGAAUUACUUUGUUUGGAAUGUAACCGGUCAUAUAAAUGAAUGAAACUCAGUUAUCCUAGUGUAGAUCCUUACGUGGCCAUAAGAUGGUGGGAACUGAACCUGAGACAUUAGACGCACAAGCCAUUUGCUCUUCAACUGAGUGAUGGGGUACAUAUGGAAUUGCAAGGCUGUAGCUCAUCCACUGCAAUGAGAACUUGAGAAAUCAAUCCAUGGAGUCAAUGGGAUCUCCUCUCAGUAUGACUAAGUAUGGAUCCAUCCUAGUUGCAUAGCCUGAUGAAAGAAAUGCACAUCACCACCUUUGUCUUAGCCAGAAGCCCACAACCAUUUGCAUGUUGUUGUUGUUUAGUUGUUUAGUCGUGUCUGACUCUUCGUGACCCCAUGGACCAGAGUACGCCAGGCACUUCUGUCUUCCACUGCCUCCCGCAGUUUGUUCAAACUCAUGCUGGUAGCUUCGAGAACACUGUCCAGCCAUCUUGUCCUCUGUCGUCCCCUUCUCCUUCCCAGCACAGGGACUUUUCCAGGGAGUCUUCUCUUCUCAUGAGGUGGCCAAAGUAUUGGAGCCUCAGCUUCACGAUCUGUCCUUCCAGUGAGCACUCAGGGCUGAUUUCCUUCAGAAUGGAGAGGUUUGAUCUUCUUGCAGUCCAUGUGGCUCUCAAGAGUCUCCUCCAGCACCAUAAUUCAAAAGCAUCAAUUCUUUGGCGAUCAGCCUUCUUUAUGGUCCAGCUCUCACUUCCAUACAUCACUACUGGGAAAACCAUAGCUUUUACUAUACGGACCUUUGUUGGCAAGGUGAUGUCUCUACUUGAAGCAGGAACCGGCAAGCCACUUCAGUAUCCCUCCCAAGAAAACUCUGUGGACAAAGACAACAAACCAUCUGCAUACUUAUUCCUGAAUAAACAUACAUACGGUCAGGCUGCAAGCAUUCAUUCAUUAAAAAUGAUGUUUUAAUGUAUUUUAAUCUUUUGUUGGAAGUCACCCAGAGUGGCUGGGGAAACCCAGCCUGAUGGGUGGGGUAUAAAUAACGAAUUAUUAUUAUUAUUAUUAUUAUUAUUAUAUCAAACAUUUUAAAGUUUUAAGUAGGACUGUUGCUAACACCCUCUUGCUUCUGAAUCCAGUGUGAGGCAGGCCAUUGUAGGGUGAAUUAACACGGCGCCUAGUCAACAGAGAAGAGCAGUUGUAUAUAAGUGAGGAGGUCACUCAGAAAGUGAUCCUUGUUGCGGGGAUAACAAGGGCAUGACAAGUCUGCAAGUGUCCAAAAGGUAAAGGUAUGGGUAAAGGUAAAGGUAAAGAUAAAGGUAAAGGUAAAGGUAAAGGUAAAGGACCCCUGGACAGUUAAGUCCCGUCAAAGGCAACUAUGGGGUUGCGGCGCCCAUCUCGCUUUCAGGCCAAGGGAGCUGGCGUUGGUCCACAGACAGCUUUCCGGGUCAUGUGACCAGCAUGACUAAACCGCUUCUGGCACAACGGGACACUGUGACAGCAGCCAGAGCGCAUGGAAACGCUGUUUACCUUCCCACACUGGCAUGCUUUUGAACUGCUGGCUUGGCAGAAGCCAUUACACAGAGGCAAACCCAGGUUUGGUGGAUGCAGCCCAUGAAGAGCUUGCAGAUGGCUGGAUGUGCUGGGAUAUCAUGCAAGUUUCCAAACACAUUGCAGCAUUUACACUGUAAUUUUUAGGCAGUCACUUAACACAUCUUAGGUGACAUGAAACAGUCCAUUCUCCAUAAGGGCUCGCCAUUGGCUUGACCUGAGUUCAUUAUCUUUAAAUGGGGUUGAUAGCAUGUGAGAGUUAACAAGGUAGUGACAAUUAUGCUAUUAUACAAUAAUUAAUGCAACAUUUACAUUUUCCUGUUAGGAACUGCUUGAACAAAACUGUCUGCUAAUGAUUUAAAUUAGCAUUUUAAAAAGACUUCUAUUGAACACUCACAACUAUCAUUGCUGCAGAAUAAUAUAUAUAUAUAUUUCACUGAUUAUAAAUACAGAGAGAGAGAGAUGGGGAGAGAGAGAUGGGGAGAGAGAGAGAGAGAGAGAGAGAGAGAGAAAUGAGGGAAGCACAAUUUACUGUAACAAACAUUUGUUAUUCAAAUGUUUCUGACAUGGAGUCUAAUUGUGUUUGCAUAUCACUGUCAUGUAAAUAAUAUCACUGAACCUCAGCCUAAAAUGGUGCUAGGAUUCUGGAAAAAAAUGAUACAUAAAGAGAAUGAGACAAUUUUGCUUGGCUUGACAAGUCUUUCACAUUACCCAUAUAUGUUUUAAGUUAAACCAUAAUAUAGCCAAGGGCAGACAGGAGUUUCAGCAGUGACCACUGUAAUACUGAGUAUUUUUAAUUACUGUAACAAUAAAUCACAGAGGAAUGUCCUCCAGGAGUGAAAUAAUUUUCUUUUUAAAAAAAGAAAAGCCCAACAUCUUGGAAUAUUUCUGAAAUUCAAUUAAUUGAAGGCACCAGAUAAAAGGUACAAGUUCUUAAUGGUUGUAAAGGAACCCUAAGGGAUGGAAGCGAGCUCUCAGCUCAACUUCAAAGUGUGACAGAAAUACUUACAGUAUUACUUUAAAAAGUAUUCAGAUCAAUGAAUCAGUUAAAAUUACUUAUACAUUUAAGAGCCUUUUCAUUUUCUCUUUUUGAGCUGGAGAGGCAGAAGUGCUCUCAUUUCCUGUGAUACAAAAAAGAAGAAAAAAGUCUGUUGAAACCUGUAAAAGAAAUUGUAAUUAAAGCCAACCUUCAGUCAAAAAUUGAUAUUAUGGAUUUCCAGUUGACACAUGAUAAAGAGGCCAAGGAAACAUAAAAGUGGCUUGAUGAGACCUACAUUUGCAGGCAUUAUACUCACAUUUCACAGGGUUGUGUAAAUACAUAUUUCCCGAACCAUUUGAGGUGCACCCAGUGCUGGCUUCUCCACUGACAUGAGAGCUUCCACUCACCAACGACCAUAUUGUACCAUUCCCCCAACCCACCGUCAUGAUGUAUAAUUUCACAAAAUGGCACCUUCAUGUGUAGAGGCAGCAUGCUAUGACUACUAGAUGCUACAUGCAGUGGGGAUGAGCUGUUGCUUUCAUGUUGGUGAGCUUCCCAGAAGCAUCUGGUUGGCUGCUUUUGGAGGCAAGCUGCUAGAGUAGAGAGCCAGUGUGGUGUAGUGGUUAAGAGCGAUAGUCUCGUAAUCUGGUGAACCGGGUUCGCUUCCCUGCUCCUCCACAUGCAGCUGCUGGGUGACCUUGGGCUAGUCACACUUCUUUGAAGUCUCUCAGCCCCACUCACCUCACAGAGUGUUUGUUGUGGGGAGGAAGGGAAAGGAGAAUGUUAGCCGCUUUGAGACUCCUUCGGGUAGUGAUAAAGCGGGAUAUCAAAUCCAAACUCUUCUUCUUCUUCUUUUUUAUUUUAUUCUUUUUUUUAAUUAAAGAUUUGCUUGUUUUACAGAAGUAUGUGUAACGUCUCUCGUAUUUUUUCCAUGUAACAUUUUUACAAAUCAGUUUCAUUUGUUGAGACAUUAGGGGGAGAAAAAAAGGGGUGGAGGGGGGGAAGAUGGGUGGGGGUGGGGUCGGGUGGCGAUGUUUCUUUUUUGAUUAAUGUAUGUAGGGUGGCCACACCCUAUGUAUGUGGGUUAAACCACAGAGCCUAAGACUUGCCGAUCAGAAGGUCGGCGGUUCGAAUCCCUGUGACAGGGUGAGCUCCUGUUGCUCGGUCCCUGCUCCUGCCAACCUAGCAGUUUGAAAGCACGUCAAAGUGCAGGUAGAUAAAUAGGUACCGCUCCGGCGGGAAGGUAAACGGCAUUUCUGUGUGCUGCUCUGGUUCACCAGAAGCAGCUUAGUCAUGCUGGCCACAUGACCCGGAAGCUGUCUGCGGACAAACGCCGGCUCCCUUGGCCAAUAAAGCGAGAUGAGCGCCGCAACCCCAGAGUCGGCCAGAGGUAAUGGUCCUUUACCUUUAUGUAGGGUUUGGUGUCAGCAUUGCUCGUGCUGUUCAUUUGUGUUUUAUUUGGUGAUGAGAGAGGUUGGGGUUGGCCUAGGGUGCGGUUGUUUGUUUGUGACUGGCUGUGGUGAUCUUUGUUUUCGUGUGUGAGUGGGGUGGGUGGGUGUUUUGGAUCAGGUUAGCCAUAUUGAUUUGUAUGCUGUUGGCGGAUUAUUGUCAUUGUCUUGUUGGGCUGUGUAUGUGAUAAAGGGGAGCCAUACUGGGGUGAAGGCGUCUUCUUCUGUUUGUCCCCGUGUCAGUUUCAGUUUAUUGGUUAAUUUUUCUAGUAGGGCUGUUUCCCAUACUAUUUGGUACCAUUGGUCCAUACUUAUAGAGUAGAGUUCUUGACUUAUGAUGGUUGAUGGACUGCUUUGGGGAGGUACAGGGCUGGCCUAAGACAUUUUUCUGUCUGCUGUGAAGGACAAGAUGGUGUUCCUCCCCAGAAGUAGACUCUGUCUUCAGUGCCAGGGAUGGGGCAGUGUCCUCUACUGUACUUAAGGGAAGCAGAAGUAGACAGGACAAGUUACAUGGCACACACAACUCUUAUGUGGGAGAUGGAUUGAGGAUUCAAUAUGUAUAUUAAAAUUUAAACCUCCUAUUCCACGUGUGUGGGAGAAAUAAAAAAAAGUAAGCAGACUGUGAAGCCCUUAUAGGUUUUGCAGCUUACAAAAACUUAGGAAUUGGGUAGUUAUAUCCUUUUCCAUUCCUUUUAUUUGUGGUCUAUUGACCUUGCUAUCUUCACCCCAAUUGCAGAGAAUGAACCACACUUUUUAGUAAGUUAAACAAAAAUGUUUACUUACAUUUCAAUGCAGGCAGCAAAUACAAGACAGGUAAGAAAAACUUCUUAGGUACAAAAUAAAAAAGUUGGCUUCAGUAUAGGUUGCGGGUCACCCUCCCCCAAAGGCUGUGUGUGUUUGAAGCCCCCAGACACAUGUCUGAUUAGUUUGGAGGCAUGGUACAGAGAGAGUCUCCUCAAAGGCAGGAGGAAGUAUAAAAGGUUUGUUACAGAAUUUCCACCCAGAGUAGGCAGGGGAAGUAAGCACACAGAGGGUCCUCUCUAGGAAGUUUAAGAACUCUCUGUAUACUAGCCCUGUUCUUGUCUAGCAAAACAUGCAGGGUGUGUGAUGAUUGUUGGAUUAAUGUCCUUGUUUGGGCUUAGUCACACAUCUCAGUUUAUGAUGAAACCUGACACAUGUAGCACUCUGAUUUAUGCAUUAAAGCCUUUGAUGGAAACCAUGUCAAGAGUUCCUACUGUAUCAUAAGACCACAUGUUAUGUGUAUAUGUGCAUGCCAACCUUUUAAUGCUCAUGGGCACAUUUAGACUUUUGAGUGAGUUCUGUGGGUGCCACCCUUCUUGCAACAUCUCUGUUUGCUCCUCUGGACCCUCAUCCCACCAGGACAGAAAGGGAAAUUGCACACAUGCAGGUGUUUCACUUUUCAAGGGAUCUGGGUAAAAGUUGGAUCCACUGGAAUUAAUCUGAGCCUUGAAAGGCCCAUAGAGCUGAAACAGGAAGUGGCAAGGAGCGCCACUCUUCCAACUUCCUCCUUGUAGUUUGCAAGGGAGAAAAAGGUAACCACCCUGUGCCCAAAUGGGCAGUAUGAAUGGUGUUGGUGGUGGGAGUUCAGAACCUUUGUUGGCACCAGAACCCCGAGAGAGCACUUUGUGACCUCUGGAUACAGUCUCAUAGCAGUGUCCCUGGUAUGUAGGUUUUUAUGUGAAAUAGCAAUUAAAAAAACAACCCUCUCCUGCAGAUUGAAGUGGCAAAAUUUCACCAGUUCAACUAUUAACAUUACAAUAAAUUAUGAAAAUGAAUUGAUUGCUUCAUGGCGUCAUAUUCCAACAGCCAGUAACAGAGAACAAGGUCUAAUGACUGAAUACUCCAUAUAAAUGGCUGAGUCCUCAUUUGCAACCAGAAGUUCUGUGGUCCAGAAACAAGUUUGCUGUCACCUGUUGUUUGCAGGAACUUGGUAUAAAAGAAGAGAGUGGGAUGGAAGGAAUUGCAACUUGUUGUCAGGAGGAUAAGUUAUGAACACCUGCUCAGAAGUGCAUGCAUCCCAGAGAACUCCUUUGAACUAGGAGUUAUUAUGACACAUUUUUGAUAACUUUGUGGACUACUUUCCCACCUACUGUGCUGGCAAAGGGGAGCGCUGUGGGUCACUGAGCAAUGAGAAAAUUCACAGUGGAUUACAAUCACAAAGUCAACUGUGCUAAGGUGUCUUAUGAUGGUGUAUUCUCCAGAAACCAGAAUAACAAUAAGAAAGAAAGUUGAUUCCCAACAGACAGUCGAACAGAGCAACGAAAGUUCGUGACAGUGACCUAUAAAAUAUAUGGAUCACCAUCUUGCAAAACAAUUUCCUGUAUGGAAUUGUAAUGCAAUGUGUAUACAAGAUGAUAAGAAUGUACUCACAAUCAAAAUAUAAUGCAAGCCCUGCAGUCGUUUCAGUUUGUAAUGCUGUCCAACUUAAAACCCGCUUUUAGGCUGAUGGUAAUGCAAGUUGUUGACGAUGCUGCAAAGAGCUAGUCCGGUAUAGUGUCUAAGAGACUGAGUUGCCUUAUUAUGAUUAUUAUUACCUCCUUCAAUAGCACUUCCAGUCUAGAAGCUAACCAUCUCCGCAGUGGGAAGCUAAUCUAGUUCUUCAUUUCAGCUGAUGCCCUACCCAAGAGGAUUCGGUGGGGAAAAGAAAUGGACGCCAUCAACAAUUCAUGCCCUUCGCAAUGGUGAGGUGGUCCCAGGAUUUUGGCCAUUCAAUAACCAUAGCCCAAUGGGAAAAUUUAUGGAAGAUUGUCGGAGCCAGCCGUUACAAAUGGCGAAGUUUAGCAUAAAAUAAAGACACAGAGAGCCAGCAAUAUUUUCAUGAUGGUAGGAGCAGCUCCUUUCGAACUCUCCCUCUCCUCCUGCACCUUCUUUUAUUAUCCUUUGUCUCUCUCCAGCCGCAUGGCUGUUUGCCAAUGUCUCACGUUACGGUACCUCAUCCGGUCAAGGCUUUAACCCACCCACAAACCAUAUAAGGUUAAUACACUCCAAUACAUUGUAAAGCUCAGAGUGCUGGUCAGCCGAGGUCAGGGGGCACCCUGCAAUAAUACAAGCCUUUACCGUGGCUUUAUGGCUCCCACAGAAGAUCAUUUGGAAAUUCACAAAUUGUUACACGAUUAGAGAGAACUUUCAAAAAAUGCAACAUCGAUGGUAUCUAACACCAUGGAAACUUUCAAAAAUGUAUAAAAAUGUGUCAAGUAAUUGUUGGAGAUGCGGAGACUCAGGAACAUUCUACCAUAUGUGGUGGAUAUGUAGGAAAAUACAGGUAUUCUGGGAGAGUAUACAUGCAGAACAGCAGCAAGAGUUUUGAUCGCAGCAAAAUGGAAGAGUAUUGAAACCCCCUCUAUACAAGAUUGGAUCCAAAAGCUGACAGGAUAUGCCGAAUUAGAUGGUUUAUCAGAAAAAAUAAAGAAUAAAUCAAAACAGGAAUUUGUUUCAAAAUGGGAGGUUUUCAAAGAAUAUCUGAAAAAUAAAUAUAGUAGUUUAGAUUCUGCUGCAGCAUUCAAGGAACUUCAGUAAUAGUUGCAAGGUAGAUAUAAGAAAUUAAAUUUAUUGAGAAUAAGUUUAAUUAUGAUAAAAGUGUGUAUUGGCAAUAAGUAAUAUGAAUUUGAAAUAUGGAAGAGAUGGGAGGUUGGGUCUUUAGGGUUAAGACCAAUAGAUGUUUUAUUGUUUGCUAAGAAAAUUAUGUGUCUAUGGUUAUUUUUGUAAUUUGUGUGUAAUUUGGUAUUUUUUUUUUUUCUUGUUGUAUAAAUAAAAAACUUUAUAAAAAAAAACAAUUCAUGCCCUUUGGAAAGUUGAAAAGUCAUACUUUGCCAAUAUGAAUGAAAGGAGGACAUAAAAGUCCUUUCAAAACACCAGAAUAUAUCAGCCAUUAAUGGCGAAAUUCUCUUGGCCCGAAGUCAUAACUUUCUGGAGGGGUCUAGCAUUGUGUAAGCAACUCAAAUUUUAACACAUCUGACGGAGGAUUUGCUUUCAUUACAUAGUUCCCUUUAUCCAGCUCUUCCUGUUCUUCGAGUUGUACAGUACUGAUACCUUUCUCAGUAUUUUCAGUUGGGAUGUUCUCAUGCCUUGCCCCUGUCUGUACCUAGAUCUUUUCUGUCUCUUUUGCGGCAGACACUGCUGCUUGCACAAUGUUUGAUGAAGUAGUAUCUUGUGUCUGGGGUUCACUACUACAGCUGUCUUCUGCUUUUUGACGCUGGUGUGGUUUUCCAUAGCAAAACAAACAGAAACAACACUGCUUCUUUGCUUUUUUAUUCCUCUAGAAGCCUUAUAUAGAAAAUCCCUAUGCCUUUUCUUUAACCUUCAACCAUUCAAAACAGUAGCACUACAUUCCUGUUUCCCAAUUUAAAAAUAUGUUUACAGUGGUACCUCGGGUUACAGACGCUUCAGGUUACAGAUGCUUCAGGUUACAGACUCCGUUAACCCAGAAAUAGUACCUCGGGUUAAGAACUUUGCUUCAGGAUGAGAACAGAAAUUGUGCAGCAGCGGCGCGGUGGCAGUGGGAGGCCCCAUUAGCUAAAGUGGUGCUUCAGGUUAAGAACAGUUUCAGGUUAAAAACGGACCUCUGGAACGAAUUAAGUUCUUAACCCGAGGUACCUAUUUUCUCAGAACUGUGUCAGCACUUUUGGCUUCUGUUCUUCUGAGUUACUUUUGGUUUCUGUUCUGAGUCAUAAGAACCCCACCGGCCCCUCAAAAAGCAGAGUUGAAUUCAGUAGCGCUCUGAAACUCCUCACCCGAUCAUAGAAAGGCACCAGUGCUCCUUUGUUUAUAUUAUCAUUGCAUUUCCCAGGUUUUCAAAGCUUGUAACAUUUGCAGAAGCAACAUCAUUAGAUCAGAACAACCCGCAUUCAUCUGAGCUGCCUGCUGCCCCAGGGAGGUGCAGAGAGGCUGAGCUGGGCAGCUAAUAUCAAUAGGAAUAGUCUUAGAGAUGACUCUAAACCUCUUGUUAGAAUAAAAAACUAGAGUUGGAAGGGACCAGGAGGGUUGUCUAUUCCAACUGGGGGCAAUGCAGGAAUCUUUUGCCCAACGCAUGGCUCGAACCCACAGUCCUGAGAUUUAAGAGUCUCACGCUCUACCAAGUGAGCUAUCUAGCAUUGCGUCAUGACAAUACAGACCUGGUUGUGUGUAUCUGCGUGCAUGAAAAGAAAUACACUUCAGAUUCCAAGGGAACAAGUUCCCCUGACCCCACAGACAGACGCUCCAGGACCAUACUGAUCAUUUGCCAGCCCUUUGGGGGUCACAUGGGCCAAAAAGUGUCUGGUGUCUAGAAGGAUGUUGGAAAGAAGUAAUGUGGUUUUAGCAGAAAUGCUAUCAAGGAUUAAGAAAAAACAGAUUGUUAAAUGGUGAAAGGAGGGAAAGUAAAGUUACAUUAUAUUAAGAUAAAAUAUAGGACAAAAACUGGAAAAGAUGGAAAGGACUUGCUGAAAUAGCUAACUGAACUAGAAUACAAAAAAGGGAGGUGUGAGGAGGUCAAGGAAACAAGCAAAUGAAAGAUAAGUUAUGGGAAGAUUCAUUGUAAUUUUUUUUGUUUUCUUCUUUUUCUUCUUCUUCUUUUCCUUAUUGUGAUGUGAUGUUCUGUUUUUGCUUAAUAUGCCGUUUUCUAUUUUUUCCUCUUUGUAACCUUUCAAAUCUUAAUAAAUAUUAUUUAAAAAACAACAACAAAAAAACAAAAAGUGUCUGGUGUCACCCCACACUCUUACAUAGGCACUCAGCUCCCCCUCAUGAGCUGAUCUGCAAAGGAAGGGGGUUCACUGCUCCCUCACUGCUCUUCAGGUGAUUAAUCUAAUGGCUGUGUGUGUGUGUGUGUGUGUGAUUUGCAUCCCCAUCAGGAUGUUUGGUUGGGAGCAGGAGUUCAGACAUCUCUGCCCAUGCCAGAAGUGUGUCUACACACUUCUCCCCAGCUUUUUGCUACCGUUGCCAAAAACAUGAUGCUUGGGGGGGGGGGAAUAGUUGCUUGAAUUGGGCACAUCAGGUCCACAGGCCAAGGGUUAAAUACCCUGCACAAACCCCUUUCAGAGCGAAAUGUGCCUCCAUUUUAUUUUUAGAAGGGUGUCUCUGCUAUCAGAAUUUUGGGCAACAUUGCUGUAGAUAGCUACUGGAGACAUCAGAAAGGCUUGUUUGUCCUUAAUAUUGCAUAUUUCUCACUAAAACUGGCUUUCGUUCCACACAUAGACUCCUCUUCUCCCAUUUUAUUUUUAAAAUUCAGAAACCUAUGACAAGACAAACAAUCAACCAACAAGAUAUCAUUAACAUCAGAUUUCCCAUGCUCUGUUAAUAACAUUGAAAUCCACAUUAGCUAUAAAAAACCUGUUCCAUAUUAAUUCUUUGCUAUUGCACCAACACCUACAUACUUUCAUAAUGGUCACGAUCCAUCUCUGUCUUAUUCAGCUAAUGUCGAUUUUAUAAAUUGCAACACAGGAUCACAGCUGUUUAAUAUUCUUUUGUAAUUCUUAGCAGAACUUAACACUGCACUUGGUUUAUUUAAUUUGUUCCCAUACUUUACACAGCGAUCCUUUUCUAUCAGGACCCCAGCGGUUUUUCCAUGUUGUAGCAAAAGCUAUUCUGGCUGCUACUGAAAAAAAUAUCUAACUUACUUCUCCAUGCAACACCCCCCCCCCCAAUUGCUUAAAAACCUUCAAUGGAUUCUAAGCAGUCUUAUUAUAUGCAGGAUCUUACCCUUUGAACAUUGUUGCUGUGGUGGUUAUUGUUAGGGGAGGGGAGGGAAUCCCACUCAUCAUAUUAGCAUAAAGUGAGACAUCUGUUUGUAGUAUUUGAAGGAGGAGCAAUGUUUGUAAUGCAGAAUUACUCUUGCUCGGAGUGGUGUAAUUUGUUCCUACACAAACUUCCUUUUUUCCAUUCUUUUUUUAAAAAAUAACUCUGCUGACUUUAGGAAUUGUGGGUUUGCAUAUGGUGGGUAGACAGAGCUUCACUGGAGAUAAAUUUGGGGGAAUGAAAGUGAUUCUCAUCUCCUGGGAAGCUGGAUAUAUCCCCCUAUGCAGGGAUGUUUUGGCUUUUCGAAUUUGGCUUUGGGCCAGGGGGAGUUUGGAGUUGUGGGGGCCCUUAACUUUGGAGGGACUUUGAAACAUGCCUUUAAAUAUCAUAUGGAUUUCAGUGUCGACUAUGGAGAAUGGGCUGACUUGUCAAGAAGGGACAAAGAUAUUGUCAAGUUGGAGUCUCCCCGAGAGAAAGGAAGGAAAUUAAGAACAAGAUCAGCAGAAGAUAAAGUAAAAUACAGGUAUAAACAUGAAGAAGAUCUGCGGAAGGGACAUGGAAAAGACUUAAGAGCCUUGGAUAGAAGGUCACCAGGUUGAUGGACUAGAUGGAUGGGAUAGAAAGGACUGACAAAACCCGAGACCAGGAAGAAGAGACGAUGGAUGAAGAUUGGAAGAAAGUUUUUAAAAAAUUCAUUUAGAAAAUCAUUGUAAAAUUAAUGAGUACAGUGGUGCCUCGCAAGACGAAAAGAAUCCGUUCUGGGAGUCUCUUCGUCUAGCGGUUUUUUCGUCUUGCGAAGCAAGCCCAUUGACGGGAUUAGCGGAUUAGCGCUAUUAGCGCUAUUAGCGUCUUUAGCGGCUUUUAGCAGCUUAUCAGCUUCUCAGAUAAGCAGAUCAGCGGCUUAGCGACUUAGCCACAGAGUGGGUAACGGAAAAAAAAAACCCAGGAACUCGCAAGACAGUUUCGUCUUGCGAAGCAAGCCCAUAGCAGAUUCGUUUUGCGAGGCACCUCCAAAACGGAAAACUCUUUCGUCUAGCGAGUUUUCCGUCUUGCGAGGCAUUCGUCUUGCGGGGCACCACUGUAUUAGAAAAAUGUUGGAAUGAAAUUAUUUGGCUUUAGUAGAAAUGCUAAAAAGAACUAUGUAAGAAUAUGUUAUGCUAAAAAGAAUUAGAUAUAAAUAAGACUUAAGUUUUAAGCUUUAGGGUUUUUAUGGUAAGAUAAGGUUAAAAUAGAUUAAGGUAAUUUAAUGACAGAAUAUUGUGAAAGAUGGAAAGGAUUUGCUGGGAUAAUUAAUAACUAGAAUACAAAAAAGGGAGGUGUGAGGAGGUCGAUGAAACAAGUUAAUGAAAGAUAAGGAUUUGUGAAUAUUGGAUUUGUUUUUAAUUUUUUUGUUUAUUUUUGUUUUUUGAUUUUGAUGUAUUGUGUGUUUUGUUUUUUUCUUUGACUUUGGUUUUUAUUGACUUGUAUUGUCAAUAAAAUACAAUACAAGAACCUUUUUCUUUCUUUUUCUUUUUUUCUUGUUUCUUUCUUUCUUUGUAAUUUUAAAUUCUCAAUAAAUAUCAUUUUAAAAAAUAAAUAAAAAAUAAUAAAAAAAGAUAGUGAUUCUCAUCUCCAAAGGGUAAGGGAUAUACAGUGGUACCUCGGGUUACAGACGCUUCAGGUUACAGACUCCACUAACCCAGAAGUAGUACCUUGGGUUAAGAACUUUGCUUCAGGAUGAGAACAGAAAUUGUGCAGCGGCGGCAGCGGGAGGCCCCAUUAGCUAAAGUGGUACCGCAGGUUUCAGUUUAAGAACGGACCUCCAGAACGAAUUAAGUUCUUAACCCGAGGUACCACUGUAUUAAUAAUCAGGUGGGAGGAGAAAAGGAUGGCAGAAUGAAUGACCAGGAUGCCGUUUCCCUUCUGGAAAACACUUACACCUGCAGGUAAAGUCAUAUCCCCAACACCAGCCAACCUUUAUUGUAAGGUUCCCAUCAAGGCAGCAUGAAGGAUAACUUCAUUAUACAACUUAUGAUGCCUUUAUUUCUUUGUCUUGUACCCUUUCUGAUUCCGUUUAAUCACUUAGCUCUGGUAAUUUCUUUGGUAUUAUAUGGAAAACUAGGUUUUUAGCCCACCCAGGCCAAACAGAUUUGUAUCUACCUAUGAAGAGAGUGUGUUUUGUGCUCCCAAGUCCUACAAUUUGGAGUUCCAUUCUGGGUUCCAUGCAACUUCUGAAAAUUCUUUGGACGGCAGCUUAGAGCAUCUGAGAAGUUAAAUAUAUUUAUUCCCUCCGCUGUGCUCUGCUUUGCAUGCGUUAAUAUUGAAACGCUACCUGUCACCAGCUUCUCCUGUCACGUCUCCCUGUUGACUUCUCUGGCAUUCAACACAGCUUCCUGGGGCCUCGACUAACCCGAGUUAUUUUCUCAUCUUGAAUUUUGCCACCUUUUUGCCACCCUUCUCCCAAGACCAGUAAUGCAUAUUUCUGCAUAUUUUUAUCUAAUCUCUUAAAUGACCUUGAUGCAAAAGCUGGCAUUUUUUUUUAAAUAACAAAAUUGCUGGCCAGGUUUUUCAGUUAUUUUGCUCUGAUGUAGCUUAUCGUUGUAGUUUAUGUGUUUUAAAUUUAUACUGUUCCUAUCUUUUCUUUGUUAUAUGUAUUCUGCUGCUAGGUGCCUUAAAGGACUUUGUGAAGCCACGUUGGGUGGGGUAUGAAUAAUAAUUUAAAAAUAUCAGCAACCUUUUUUAUUAUAAAAAAGCUAACGCCACUAUAAUAAUAGCUGCAAAGGUGUCUUCACACCUUGUAAUCUGUGGUGGUGCUAAACACUCAAAUCAAUAAUAAUAAUGAUAAUAAUAAUUUAUUAUUUAUACCCCGCCCAUCUGGCUGGGCUUCCCCGGCCACUCUGGGCGGCUUCCAAAAGAAUAUUAAAAUACUAUAAUACAUCAAACAUUAAAAGCUUCCUGAAACAGGGCUGCCUUCAGAUGUCUUCUAAAAGCCUGGUAGUUGUUGUUCUCUUUGACAUCUGGUGGGAGGGUGUUCCACAGGGAAGGCACCACUACCGAGAAGGCCCUCUGCCUGGUUCCCUGUAACUUGGCUUCUCGCAGUGAGGGAACCGCCAGAAGGCCCUCGGUGCUGGACCUCAGUGUCCGAGUAGAACGAUGGGGGUGGAGACGCUCCUUCAGAUAUACUGGACCAAGGCCAUUUAGGGCUUUAAAGGUCAGCACCAACACUUUGAAUUGUGCUUGGAAACGUACUGGGAGCCAAUGUAGGUCUUUUAAGACCGGUGUUAUGUGGUCUCUGCGGCCACUCCCAGUCACCAGUCUGGAUUAGUUGUAGUUUCCGAGUCACCUUCAAAGGUAGCCCCACGUACAGCGCAUUGCAGUAAUCCAAGCAAAUCCAAUCAAAAGGUCAGUCACCCAUAAACCACACAUUAAGGUUCUGUCUGCACUAUCUAUUCAAAGCAGCAUCAUACCACAUUAAACAGUCCUGCUUCCCCCCAAAGCAUCCUGGGGACUGUAGUUUGUUAAAGGUGUUGAAGAGCUGUUAGGAUCUUUAGUGCCCACAUACAGCUACAAUUCCCAUCAUCAUCAUCAUUUUUAAUUUGGAUACCGUCUUUCUAUCUUACAAUACUCAAGGCGGUCCACAAGCUGAAGAAACAAAAAAUGUACAUCUUAUAACAAUCUAAUGCAAUACAAAAAUGUGAUAAUAAAACAUAACAUUAAAAUAGGCAACCUACACCCAAAAGUAACAUUCAACAAUCAUUAGAAUAUUAUUAAAUAAUAAUAACAUAUAAAAGUUAAACAGAAAUCCACUCAACAGUUACAAUAAAUAAUUUCCAAACUAUAAUCUGUGGUCUAAACCACAGAGCCUAGGGCUUGCCGAUCAGAAGGUCGGUGGUUCGAAUCUCUGUGAUGGGGUGAGCUCACGUUGCUCUGUCCAGGCUCCUGCCCACCUAGCAGUUUGAAAGCAUGUCAAAGUGCAAGUAGAUAAAUAGGUACAGCUCCGGCAGGAAGGUAAACGGCGUUUCCGUGCGCUGCUCUGGUUUGCCAGAAGCGGCUUAGUCAUGCUGGCCACAUGACCCGGAAGCUGUAUGCUGGCUCCCUCGGCCAAUAAAGCGAGAUGAGCGCCGCAACCCCAGAGUCUGCCACGACUGGACCUAAUGGUCAGGGGUCCCUUUACCUUUAUAAUCCAUAAAACAACAGCAAGCCACAGUACAUAAAAUAAUACAAUACAAAUUGAGAAGCAGAGACUACAGGGUGGAGCAAGGCAGGUGGAAGGAGGCCUUGCCUGAUGGAGUCUCUCCCCUGAGAAUGUGAAUUGCAGACUCAUAGGGGUCUCCUAUGAGGGGAGGGGAGGCAAUUCUUCUUGCUGCUAGCAACCAGCAGCUAGUCCCUAUGAACCGAUAGGAUCAGAAUGGGAAUGGGUGUGUGUGGUAGGGGACAUUUUGUGCUAGUGGUGUUACAUAGGAGCAUACGCAGUUGCCCAUUUCAGGCAAUGCCUGACCACAACUCCAUCUGGACCAAUCCUGUCUAAUCUGACAGGCAGUGUGGCUCUCUAAACCCAGCUACAUACAAGAUUCUUUAGUUAGAGGUGCAAAUAGGGCUGGAUUUUGGUAACAGAGCACCCUGAGCGUGGAGAAAAUAUGGCACCCCCUCCCAAAUAUUUCUUAUUUUCACAAUAAUUCCUUUGGGUACAGUUGCUUUUAUAAUGGGCCGUCUUAGUAGAGUAUGUAAAUACGUAUAGUUGUGAAAAUAACAUGCAAAUGCGAAUUGCCUUGGGGAAAGAUACUGUGCAAAAAUGUGUCUUUUUAGGGAAAUUGAGUACAAAUAGGUGUGUAUCAGGAGCAACCAGCACUAAAAGGGUGAUGAAUUUUCAAGAGGAUGUUUCUUCGAAAAAUAGUCUCAAACUGAUAUGGAAAUGUAGAAACCGGAAUGGACCCAGGAGUGAACUUUGGUAAUAUGGAACCCUAAGGUAGGACAAAAUUUGCCCUCCCCCUUAUUUAUUAUUCUUGGACUCCAUGAUCACUGCAGAUGGUGACAGCAACCACGAAAUUAAAAGACACCUGCUUCUUGGGAGAAAAGCAAUGACAAACGUAGACAGCAUCUUAAAAAGCAGAGACAUCACCUUGCCAACAAAGGCCCGUAUAGUUAAAGCUACGGUUUCCCCAGUAGUGAUGUAUGGAAGUGAGAGCUGGACCAUAAAGAAGGCUGAUCACCGAAUAAUUGAUGCUUUUGAAUUAUGGUGCUGGAGGAGACUCUUGAGAGUCCCAUGAACUGCAAGAAGAUCAAACCUAUCCAUUCUUAAGGAAAGUGCUCACUGGAAGGACAGAUCCUGAAGCUGAGGCUCCAAUACUUUGGCCACCUCAUGAGAAGAGAAGACUCCCUGGAAAAGAUCCUGAUGUUGGGAAAGAUGGAGGGCACAAGGAGAAGGGGACGACAGAGGACGAGAUGGUUGGAUGGUGUUCUUGAAGCUACCAGCAUGAGUUUGACCAAACUGCGGGAGGCAGUGGAAGACAGGAGUGCCUGGCGUGCUCUGGUCCAUGGGGUCACAAAGAGUCGGACACGACUAAAUGACUAAACGUCAACAACAAUAUUUGUUAUUUUCACAAUAAUUCCUUUUGGUACAGUUAACCUGUAUAUUUACCCGUAUAAAUAUAGGCUGCUGCUGCUCUUGUUCUUGUUGUUCCUAUUACUAUUAUUUUGCAUCCCCUUGGCCCUGAUGCACCCAUUCCUGAUUGAAGCUCACCAUAUGAUGCAACAACUUUGAGUUUCUCUACCCUCAAUUGAGCAGAGGUCAAUGGUGUUGAGUGGGACGGGGGGCAAUUAACAGUGUGAUUAAUCCCAUAUCAUCCAUUGAAUUUCACUGGGCAUUACAGAGGAGCAGUGGGGCACUGUGUACAGGGAUGCCCUUUUCAGUGGCAGUCUUGCAUCUUCAGUAACAGCUAGUUCUGCCAUAACAAGGUUACUCUCCCAGAACAUUGCGUUCUUCCAGCCAUAAUUCAGCAAGAUAGCAAGGCAGGGUAGAUUACAAAAUAAAGCAAACACAAUUAAUUUAAUCAUUGACUCAGUCGUAUAAUUCAAGGGCGCUCAAGUUUCUGUGAAACGCAGACUUUUCCGAUUCGUGCAGUGAAAUAAACUCUUAACUCCUAGACACAAAGUAAUGAACAUUUGUUAUUUCUGUAUGACACUGCCAUGUCUUCCCUUCUUUUUCUACUUUUGUAGCCUACUUUAAAAGAAUUCCAAGUGUUUCCACCUUUAAUCAAAUGAAUCUUUCAGAGCUUUAAAAAUGAUUUUCUGGUGCUUUUAUAACUUUAACAUCUCCCGUGAAAUCUUUAGGGACUGUAUAAAAUCUAAGUAAAAGUAUUCCUAAUCCUUUCCUAUUAUCAUCUCUGUUUACUGUGCGGCAGCACCACAGAUUUCUGAAUUCUAAAUACCUUAAUUAUUUAGCAGUAUAUCAGAAUAAUACGUAAUAAAAAGAGACAAAUCAUCAUGUUUUUUUCAAGAGGGAGUGCAUCAUACCUGAGCAAAUGACCUGACUUUUCCAUUAGAGGCGACGCGCUGAGCCCACAGCUCACGGUGUUCACACUCAAAUGAAAUGCAGAUUUCUUUUUGAACAUUUGACAGACAUUUAAAUAUAGAAAUGGUUCUGUGGGCCCUUCCAGUAGCUUUGAAAAACCACAAUUCAGACCAAAAAGGACAGCAAAGUUUCAUCAAUAGAUUAGGCUGCAGUCCUAACCCCACUUACCUGGGAGUAAGCCCCAUUGAAUUCAGGAGGAAGUAGACUUAGUGAGGGUUGUGUUAUAUAGCUUUAGUUCAAACCCUGUGUUGGCCAGGUGUUUGGGACUACCAUUCCCAUCAGCCCCAUGCUGUCUGGAGCUGAUGAGACUUGUAGUCCCAAACAUCUGGAGAGUGCAACUGUACUGUACAAGCAUUCUUUAGUUUUAGCAAUUUAUUUAGAUAUUUUUUUUGCAGUACUAUAAUUAGCCAAAGUCUGAAUGAGGAACCUCAGGGAUAUGAGUGCUCCAUCAGUGGAGAGCAUCUCUUCUCCUGGGGUGGCACCUACACCCCAGAGCAGCCCUGGAUUGGCUCCCAGAAAGCUCCAUGGGUGAAGUAAUUGUGCAGCAAUGUUCUUGGGCACAAGCCUGCGAUAGCUCAGUCGAGCCCCACAUUGGGCAAAAGAUUACUUCAUUGCAGGGUGUUGGACUAGAUUACACUCGGGGUCCCUUCCAACUCUAAAAUUCUAUGAUUUUAUAGUGCAGACCCCAAUGCCAGCCUUCUUUGUGUUACUGAUCCCACCACCAGUUAACUUUGUGGAAAAGGAAACAGGCUGUUGGGUUUUGGGAAAUUGCUUGGGCACCAUCACAUUCUCAAAGAUGGCAACAGGAAUCUAUCUAUCUAUAUCUAUCAUCUAUCUAUCUAUCUAUCUAUCUAAUCUAUCAUCUAUCUAUCUAUCUAUCUAUCUAUCUAUCUAUCUAUCUAUCUAUCUAUCUAUCUAUCUAUCUAUCUAUCUAUCUAUCUAUAUCUAUCUAUCUAUCUAUCUAUCAUCUAUCUAUCUAUCUAUCUAUCUAUCUAUCUAUCUAUCUAUCUAUCUAUCUAUCUAUCUAUCUAUCUAUCUAUCUAUCUAUCAUCUAUCUAUCUAUCUAUCUAUCAUCUAUCUAUCUAUCUCUAUCUAUCUAUCUAUCUAUCUAUCUAUCUAUCUAUCUAUCUAUCUAUCUAUCUAUCUAUCUAUCUAUCUAUCUAUCAUCUAUCUAUCUAUCUAUCUAUCUAUCUAUCUAUCUAUCUAUCUAUCUAUCUAUCUAUCUAUCUAUCUAUCUAUCUAUCUAUCUAUCUAUCUAUCAUCUAUCUAUCAUCUAUCUAUCUAUCUAUCUAUCUAUCUAUCUAUCUAUCUAUCUAUCUAUAUCUAUCUAUCUAUCUAUCAUCUAUCUAUCAUCUGCAAAACUCUUUCUGAAUUCAGAUGGGGGUGGUCUUACCCACCACUAAAGAAAAAAGUGUGCAUCAGGUAUCAGAAGUCUGAGAAACACUAUCUUAGAUGAAGAGGUAACUGAUUUUGUUUUUUCCUCAGAGCACUCAGAGAAAAAGAGGCCUUCACAAACAAAAUUUACACUGUUCUGAACAUUAAUGGUCAAUAGCAUGAAAUUAUAUACAACUAUAGCAGAAGGGAAAACAAAAUGGAAAAGGAAUCUAGGCCUCUCAAUCAAUAUCUGUCCCUGUACAUAUUUUUUCAUGGUUCAAUCGCUUUUUGCCUUCUGCUCUUCAACAUUCAAGCAUUCUGUAGUAUUAAAAACAGGUGAAUGAUUAUAACUAAAACCCAAAUCCCACUGGGGCCCGGAAUAAACCUCCCCAUUCAACGUGUUUCUUCAGUGCAGUUAAAUGGCAUCCGGGGAGCCUGUGGGCAUUUUACUUUGAAUAUAAUAUUGCUGUUAUUCCCAAAGCGUGUGCCAGAAAUUACUCGCUCUCAUGGGACUCAUGUUCCCACUUUCAGAAAAGGCUGCCCACUGUAUCUCUGCACCAUCUACAGUUCUUUUUUGGUCUUUCUUCAUAGUCUUCCGAGGCCCAUUCUGUCCUCCAUUUGCCCACUGAAUGUAAGGGUGUCUCUUCUGAAGUGGGCUAGAGAUGUAGCAUAACUAGCCUCAGAGAAGUCCAUCUUGUGUUUUUGCAUAGGGGAUUGUUCCGUGCUUGCUGUGGCAAGCUCAAGAGAGCCCUGUUUCAGUUUUCCUCUUCCUCUUGCCAAUGAGAGUAUAUGGGUAUGCAGGCAGAUAGCACAAGGAGCCAUCACAGGGAAUGGGGAUCUCUGAUAUCCUCUUUCAACCCGUGCUAUGCUCUCUACCUAUGUACCCUGCAAAUUAUUUGUGCUCUGAAGUUACUUGCAUGGCACAUGGAGGCAGGGCUGUAUGGGGACUUGGGAGGCAUGCAAAGAUUGUGUUGCCUGUGUGUACCCACAAAUUGCCCAGUGGCAAAUUGAACAGCUAUCCCAACUGCCAAGGCUCUAUGACUCCUGUUGGACAAUUCCCCAUGUGGAUGCUGUGCUCAUACUCAACUGGAAGAGCCCUGUUGGGAUUAUCCUUCAUUAUUAUUAUUAUUAUUAUUAUUAUUAUUAUUAUUAUACCGCCCUAUACCCGGAGGUCACAGGGCGGUUCACAGAAUAAAAUCAAGAUAUAAAACCACAAAAUAUCUAAUAAAAAUAAAAACAACAACCCAAUAGCCACCCGCAAAAAACCCCACAUUUUAAAAGGGCAUAGGAUGUAAACUGGAUCAACCAAAGGCCUGGUUAAAAAGGCACAUUUUCGCCUAAGGGUGUAUAAUGAAGGUGCCAGGCAAACUUCCCAGGGGAACGCAUUCCACAGACGGGGAGCCACUGCAGAGAAGGCCUGUUCUCGUGUUGCCACCCUCCGAACCUCUCGAGAGAUAAUGAGUUGAAUCCACAGUACAAUAGUUCCAUGUAGGUCCCAUAGAAAUUAAUCUGAAAAAUUUGUUCCAAUUUAAGUGAAGCCCCAUUCAUUUCAGUGGCAACUAAAUUCCCUCAAUCUGGAUUUAGCCCACUGGAUAUUCUCAAAUGAAAAUGUUUCUGGAUUUCCAGGUAGCCUAUUUUCCAUUGACGUAACUACCUUUAAUAUUCUUCAUUUUUGGACAACCACAUUAUAUAUAUGUCUGUGUUGCCUCCUUCACACAUUUACUCAAACAUUUCCCUUUACUUAAAAAUAAUAAUCAUCUCACGGUGUAAACUAUAGUAUCCACUAAUUCAUUUGUAAUAGGAUGCUCCCUGUUUAAACAUAUACAAAGAUAGUCCUUUUGUCCAAAUAAUGUUCUGGUUGCCCUCAGCCAUUGAAACCACCAGUUAUCUUCCCCAUCCUUUACUAUAAGUAAUGUCCUGAGUUUUUAAUCUCAAUGAAUAGUUCAUAAAUCUUUUGCAAAUUUUAAAGGUCUCUGCCUGGAAGCAGCUAAGUCUUCUCCUUUCCUCUAAACAAACAAAGGCUUUCAGAAUUGGCCAUGAGCUGAGAUAGUGGGUGCUCAGUGAUCAAACAGCCCCUUGUUAAUGGCAGGCAGUUUCUAUAUAUAGAUACUGAAUAGCCAAAACUAGAUAUUUCCCCCAGUAACCAUAGCAGUUAGAGAGUUAGGGUAAGACCUUUUUCCUACUUCAGCACGGUGGUGACCCAUAUCACUUUCAAUUUUUUUCUGUACCAGUGGACUGUUGAUUCAACUUAGUUUGUUGAUUAAUUAGGCACAUGCUAUCUGCAAAAAAAAGGGACACGUGUGAUGCUGUGGGUUAAACCACAGAGUCUAGGGCUUGCCGAUCAGAAGAUCGGCGGUUCGAAACCCCGCAACGGGGUGAGGUCCCGUUGCUCAGUCCCUGCUCCUGCCAACCUAGCAGUUCAAAAGCACGAAGUGCAAGUAGAUAAAUAGGUACCACUCUGGCAGGAAGGUAAACGGCGUUUCCGUGCACUGCUCUGGUUCGCCAGAAGCGGCUUAGUCAUGCUGGCCACAUGACCUGGAAGCUGCAUGCCGGCUCCCUCGGCCAAUAAAGCGAGAUGAGCACUGCAACCCCAGAGUUGUCCGUGACUGGACCUAAUGGUCAGGGGUCCCUUUACCUUUGUGUGCAAAAUGCACUGGUUCCAUUCAUUUCAAAUGCAUUGUGCCUCUUUCCUACUCUUUCCAAUGUCUUCCACUGUGAGAGACAAUAUGGUUGAGCAACAUCUGGAGGGCCAUAGGCUCCCCACUCCUUUCACACACGGAGUUUUCAUAUAUGGUGUUUGUCGGCAUCUGUCUACCUCCAGAGAAAAUGGAGUGUGCCUCUGGGGGGUGAAGUUCAACCACUGCAUUAUCAUCACUGAAGUGACCUCUCUGGAGUGCAAGCCUGGGCAGUGUGUCUGGAGGUCCUGGGCUGCCUAGAUGACAAGACCCCUCUCUCUGCCUCACUGAUGUGGUCCAAAGGAAAGCCGAGUAAUACAUUUGGCACCAGCUUGGCUGCAGGAGUUGCCAGAAGAAGGUCUACAAGGCACCUUCCAAGAAUCUUAGGGGCUCCACUUUGGUGGGAAAGCAUUAAAAAAAGGACUGCUCCUCUGUAGCCUAAAACAAUACAUUCCACAAGUAAAGGUAAAGGGGCCCCUGACCAUUAGGUCCAGUCGUGACCGACUCUGGGGUUGUGGUGCUCAUCUCACUUUAUUGGCAGAGGGAGCCAGCGUACAGCUUCCGGGUCAUGUGGCCAGCAUGACUAAGCCGCUUCUGGCGAACCAGAGCAGCACAUGGAAACACCGUUUAUCUUCCCGCUGGAGCGUGCUAGGUUGGCAGGAGCAGGGACCGAGCAACGGGAGCUCACCCCAUCGUGGGGAGUCGAACUGCCGACCUUCCGAUCGGCAAGUCCUAGGCUCUGUGGUUUAACCCACAGCGCCAUUUCUUGUACAAAACCCUUGAAAUCUCAGGGUCAAUGGAUAGGUGACCCUAUUAAGGCAUUAGUCUUAAGAUAUGAGGAGGAGGAAUAGGGAUGAGUGGUUUAACCCACAGCGCCACCCACGUCCCACAAGUACACCACACUAUUCCACAAGUAGACCACACUAUUUUUUGGAAUGCUUAUCCGUGGCUCAUGAUGAAAGAAAGUGACCGCUCUUCACAUCAAAUGGAGGGCGCCCUUUGCAUGCCCGCGCAUAGCACCCCUGAUCCUACAAGACUCCUGGCAGAGCACUCCUGGACCGCCUCCCCAGGUCGCAAACCUUGAGGUUCCCACCAAACCUCAGUUCAAAGAACCAAUUGUGACUGGGGAGGUGUAGCCAGGGGAGUGGACCAAGUAAGGGUUUGGUCCGCUCUUUAAGCAUAAAAGGGGGUGAAGCCUACCCUGGUUGUGUGCAAGGGCAUUGUGCUGGCAAAAACAGUGAUCAUGGACUUGGAACAAUUCCAUGCCAUGCACCCUAGCAUUUCCAUCCGUUGGUCAGAACAUAUUCCACGUUUGCAAUGGUGGGGCAUUCACAAACCAUCCAGGCUGAAUUCCACAUUGGAAAAAAAUUAACAGGACUAUCCACUCGGCAGUCUUGCGUCUUGGGGGCCGAGUCGUGAAGCACCUGGACAUUAAAACCUACAGAAGGGAUAUUUUUAGGCCUGACGGAGUGCACCUUACCACCACAGGAAAGGAACACUGAUUGGACAACAUCAGGCAUGGCCUCCUGGAAUGGUUGUUGGACUGCUAAGGGUUUUUUCAGGUGUAGGUAGUCUUUGUGGCGAGACCACGAUUUCAUGGUCUCAAGUGGUGGUGAUAGGCCUUGGGCAGAAUCCUUUAGUCUAUCUUCUCUAAAGGGGUGGGCGUAUGAAGCAGUGACCGCCCCUCCCCCGUGGUGGCGAUCCCAGGGUUCCCCUUUAAAGGGGUUGUGUUGAGGCGAGUCAGUGGCCAUACGCUGAAAGGUUGUCACUGCACUCCCCUGUGUUGCAGUGAAAUGGGGGGGCGGGCUGUCUGCUUAAACAUACGUCUUCCAGAGCCAGCCCAAUCCCCAAACAGAUUGGAUGACCCUGAUGUGCCCCAGAUGCCUGGCUGGGGACUGGGAGGUAUAUACUUAGGCCCAAUGCCUAAGCCAAGGUCUUCCUACAUCUGAAAGUUUAAUAAAGUUGUGGCCAAUUUUAAUCCCAUAACACAGGCAUGUCCAAAGUCCGUUUCAGAGGUUUAAUCCAGCCCCUGUGGCAGUUUAUUUACUGGGGUGAAAUCCUAAAGAAACCCUCAAAAACUUCAGUCCUAAAAGAAGCUCAACAACUCCAACUCUAGAAAAGUUCAACAACUUCAAUCCUAAAAAGAAAGCUCAACAACUCUGGUUGGCCUUCUGGUCAGCCCCCACGGCCCUUCACUUCAUCAAAUCUGGCCUUCUUUGAAAAAAGUUUGGACACCACUGCCAUAACACGUUGUCAUGAGUCAUUAUUCCACCUGGGUGUUGCCUGGGGGUCUCCGCCUGGGCGCACAAUAUUUCACACAAUGCCUCCCAGUCUUGGAGACUCUCCCCUGUGACUUUCUUAACGCAAUGUCUUCCAGCAAUGAAAUAAUGCCGGUGGAUGGAAAUUUUCCAAGAAGAACAUCACUUUUGGUGUCUCCAGAUUGCCAGUAUUUUGCAAGAGGUGUUCAAGGGCAUUGUUAUGUACUGAGUUGAAUAGGAUCCAAAAUGCAGCAGUCUGAUUGGUCCUAGAAGAAUAGGAUCCAAAAUGCAGCAGUCUGAUUGGUCCUAGAACAAUAGGAUUCAGAAUGCAGCAGGCUGAUUGGUCCUAGAACAAUGCGGCAGUAUGACUGGUCCACAGGAGCCACCCAAUCCAGCUCCAGGUGGAAGUGAAUCCACAACCUGAUUGGCCUACAGAAGAAUCCCGGAAUUAGCCAAUCACGUGGGGCCCAUUGUGUAAAUAAUGUAUAUAAAGCAGACAUCCUGGGGGAACUUCCAUUCCUCCUCACCACUAUGAGCUGAAUAAAGAGCAUGAAAUCCACUCUCGACUCUGAGUAUAUUUCAGGCAUCAUGGAACUUUAGGUUUGUAGAAUUAAAGCACAUUGAAGGGGCUCUGUCUCCUUAACACAACAAAUCAACUUGAAAAAAGAAUCAGGCUUUUUGUAGUUUGGAAGGUGAUGGAGAAAUGUAUUGAAAAGUGUGGAAUGCAUAAAUGGCUAAUGGGAAGAUGUGUAAAUACCUUGCAGAGAAAUCAGGAUGGGUGCAGGAUGAAUAUAAGCGCCAUACAAACAAAUCAGAAUAAAUGCUCAGUCAAGACUGGAUAUGCGGUAGCCUCUGUGUAGGCAAAUAUUUCAUCUGAAGGAGCCCUCUCUACUUGUUUAUAUUAAAAAAAUUGUAAUGGUUGAAGAUGAUGCAAGGAGAAAAAUGGUUUACGGAAGGAAUGGAAACUUUGAAACACCAAGUCAAGUGUAUCAGUGAUUUCAAUAGGACGAGGAAUGAUGACCUAACUGAUGUUAUGCUAGGAAUAAAAUAGAAAUAUGCUGAGGCUAGGCCAAGCCUGGAUGGGAGACAGAAAAGCUUAGAGAAACUAUUACAGAAUGAUAGCUGAACAUCAUGUUAGCGUGACAGGAGAUUCUGAGCACACACAAAGAAGUUACAGUGACAGAGUUUUUCAAGGGCUCCUAACAGUUCACUGAAGAUGCAGUGGCAACCAGUUCCAUCCAUGCAAUAAGCAAUGUUUAAAAAUAACACCCCUCUUGAGCUGACAAUCAUUGUGGAAGAACAAAGAUUUGUGCGGAUGAAAGGAAGGAAAAGUUCAGUGAUAUACAGUGACUGUUCAUAGUGAGGUUGACAGGAAUUUGUACUUCUGUCCAGACGCUGCUUAUUUCACUGUUUCCCAAAAUCCUGAUAGCUGAGGCUCAUUUUCCCCUUGAAUUAAAACUGGAGACAUACUUUAUUAUUAUUUUUAACACCUGAGAUGGUUUGCUUUCAGAGUGUGGGAAGACAAAGGUUUACCUGCUCUCUCAGAAACCCACCCUCCUGUGUUCUACAUGGGCAUUUCAUCAGCUACUUAUUUUUGCAAUAUAUAUAUAUAUAUAUCACACCUUUUGCAUAAGGAAAACAAGAUAGUGAUAAAAACAGCAAUGACUAAAGAAGCAGAAGGAAAGGUAAGGAUGCUCUGGUGACUCAUAAUCCUAACAUAGCAGGCACCCCAUUAAAAGCUGGAACCAGUUAUCAAAUGCCAUUAAAAGCCAAAGAACAGGAUUAACUUCCUGGCACCCAAAGAACAGGAAAGAAAGAAGCAUAAUGGGUUCCCUCCCAUAACUUGGGGUGCUUCCAGGUGACUUGUUACUGAGCAUUCAUCCUGAUUGGAUUAGAUGAUGUGUGUCAAAGCAAAGGUUACCCCCUAAUUUUCAGUGCAUUUUCCCCUCACUUUCCUUAUUGCAAAAAGUCCAGAAUUCCUCAGCAUCACCUACACUGAUGGGCAUCAGUUCUCCAGGGUCUCAGACUUGUGGUCUUUUCCAGCGGCACUUGGAGCUGCCAGGGAUUGGAUUCUGGGAUCUUCUGCAUCCAAAGUACAUAUUCUGGCAUUGAGUUAUGCCCCUCCCACAAAUAUUUUGGCCAUGGAGGGGUUUGAAUCAGGGGUUUGAACUCCUGGGUAUAUGUUUGCUUGCACCUCAGGGUCCCAAUUGACCCAGUGCAGACAUAGAUUUUGUUGUGUGUUUUCUUCCAGUUCCCACUAUUAAUAGUAGCCUGAGUAUAGUUAGCAAAUUCACAUGAGCAAAUAAAUGUUGGUGUCAUUAAAGGUAAAGGGACCCCUGACCAUUAGGUCCAGUUGUGACUGACUCUGGGGUUGCGGUGCUCAUCUCACUUUAUUGGCCGAGGGAGCCGGCGUACAGCUUCCGGGUCAUGUGGCCAGCAUGACUAAGCCGCUUCUAGAAAACCAGAGCAGCACACGGAAAUGCCGUUUACCUUCCCGCUGGAGUGGUACCUAUUUAUCUACUUGCACUUUGACGUGCUUUCAAACUGCUAGGUUGGCAGGAGCAGGGACCAAGCAACGGGAGCUCACCCCGUCGCAGGGAUUUGAACCGCUGACCUUCUGAUCAGCAAGCCCUAGGCUCUGUGGUUUAGACCACAGCGCCACACACGUCCCUGUUGGUGUCAUUAGAGUCAUAGCAAAUGUAUGUGUUGUAAAGGAGUUAUUAUUUUCAGUCAUGAUUUUACAAAGUAGCACCAGAAAGGGUGGGCAGGAGGGGAGAGGAUUGUUUGCCAUUGUUUUCCUUACUUUGCCAACACACACUAUAAGGUGACGAGUAUAUUUUUAAGCUGAAGAAAGCUACUUAACGUUACAAUGCCCAUUCAUGGAAUUAAUGUAUAUUCCCAUUGUUGAUUUAUAAUGCCAUGUCGGGAACAAACUGCCAGAGGUCCUAACCUGCUUUUUAAAAGGAGUUAACAAACGAAAUAGAAAUACGAAACCGAAAGUGCACACAACCCUCCACAUUAAACUCACAUUUUACCUGUAAUUUUGAUCCUUUUGGGUUAAAGGAAUGUUCAAAUGCUUUCACAGUAGUUUUUUUUUUUGAUUGAAAGAAUUUGUAAUUGGAUUUCCAAACAUGCUGCUUUCAUCUUGGGCAGUACAAUAUGCACUUUGAUAAUAACACGGCUAUGUCAUUAGAAAGAAAUCCAUUUACGAGCUUCGGCAUAAAAUGAGAUACAGAAGGAGACAAUAAAAUGCUUUCUAACAUAAUGUACCUUAUUUUUCAUUGUAUUCCAUGCCUGCAUUAUGAAUAAGUAAUUUUAUAAGUGCAUCACCAAUACGGUUCGCCUGAUCAGUGGCUGCUGUCUGUGAGCUGUCAGCUUUCCGUUGCACCAAAACCGUUCUCACUAUCGCAUGAAUAUCUAAUGAACUUUAUGCAACUUUAUUACAGAUCAGAAUCGGGGGCUAGGAACUUUUUUCAUGAAUUUUAAAGUCGUCUGAACGAGAAAAAUGGAAACUGUCAAUACCAAAAGGAGGAAACAUGUGAACAUCUGCAAAUUGUUGCAUUUCCCCAUCAUACUGAAUUGUUCCCGAUUUUCAUGUAAGUUUUCAUUACGCUUCCAUGUAUUCACUGCAGCUUUUCUUUUUGUAAGUUGUCUACCUGCCAGUUGUUCUCAGCUUUAGGGAUUUUGUCAUAGGUUUUUCUCUCCAAAGAACAGGAAUGUAGGGGUUUGAAUCAAGCUAAGACCAUCUAGUUCAAGGGUAGCCAAAGUGUUGCCGUCCAGAGGUCUUGGACAAGACUUCUCCACAUCCCUCUGACCUUACCAUCACCUUGCUGUGAAGAUCUACUCAUAACCAUGACUUUUUAGAGUUGGUGACUUGUGGAAGUCAGUUGGUAGUUCAUCACACCUCAACCAGUGUGAUGCAGUCUUCAGAGAUUUCCUGCUCCCAGCAGAACAGCUUCUUCCAGAGUCCCCAGUUAAGGGGAAAACUCAUCUCCCACACAGUUCAAAGUAACAAAGUGUUCAUGGUCUCCAGACACAAGACAAAGCUGAAAACUGCUAUCUACCUCAUAGAGUUAUUCUGGUCUUUGAAGUAAAGAUAUAUAUGUACAGAGAGACCUCCUAACAACUUCACCAUGCUAGCUGUCAGGGACUGGGCAGAGGAGAAAUGGUGGAGACAACCUCCUCAGCCUGACCCUUCCAGAGAAGAAGAAGACAGUUCAGAAUUACAAUAGGGGUUUGAGGGAGGUCACAGAUCAGAGGAAGAUGAGGGGAAAAGUUGGGAAAUAACGGGAGAGGAGGAGGAGGAGGCGGAGCAGCUGGCAGACACGUUAUCACUAGAAAGCAUUCCAGACCCACCAUCUCCCAGAACCCAGAGAACCUUAAAAGUAGGUGAGCAAAGAGCUUGGAGACAGAUGGCUCUAAGCAGGAACUGUAAGGUAGGUGUGUGUGUGUGUGUGUGUGUGUGUGUGUGUGCUGUUGAUGAAUGAGGAAGUGGGAGAAAAGGGGGGUGGAGAAUUACUUGGGACAACACCAUUAUUCCAAGAGGCUGCAUUCUCAAGCCUCUCUCUGUAAAUAUUGAAUAAAAAGCAGAUGGUAAGGACUUUUCCUUGUCUUAUCCGUUCCUGACAACCUGCAGUGGGGGUUGGUUCCUCUGCUGCCUGACACUAACUAAUGCACAGCCUCUUCCCCUGACUCUCACAGAUUCAGAGUCAGACCCAGAUAUGCAAAACAGGACAACAGCAGGGCAUGACAUGGACAGGCCAUAACAACAGUACAAGCUAUAAUGAAAGCAAUGCCCUGGAGACUAUUAUUCUAUUAUACUUCAGUGGCACCUCCAGUUGCGAACGGGAUCCAUUCUGGAGAUCUGGCCACAUCCCGAGGAAUUCGCAACCGAAGGACUGCUUCUGCACAUGUGCGCAUGACGAAACCCGGAAUAAUACUUCUGGGUUUGCCACAUUCACAUCCCGAAGUUUACGUAUCCAGAGGGAUACGUAAGCGGAGAUACGACUGUAUUAUAAAUAGCCUCAGCUCUGUAUACCUGAAGCAGCAUCUCAACCCCCAUCAUUCAGCCCAGACACUUAGGUCCAGCACUGAGGGCCUUCUGGCGGUUCCCUCACUGCGAGCAGUGAAGCUGCAAGGAACCAGGCAGAGGGCCUUCUUGGUAGUGGCGCCCACCCUGUGGAAUACCCUCCCAUCAGAUGUCAAGGAGAUGAGUAACCAUAUGACUUUCAGAAGACAUCUGAAGGUAGCCCUGUACAGGGAAGUUUUUAAUGUUUGUGGUUUUAUUGUGUUUUUAAUAUUUUGCUGGGAGCUUCCAAGAGUGGUUGGGGCAACCUAGUCAGAUGGGUGGCUUAUCAUGAUCAAUAUUAUUAAUAUUAUUAUUCUGCUACAAGUUUCUCAUGGCCUUUAGCUAGAACAAUCAAGUCAUGAUCUGGGCUGAGAAAAGAGUAUGACAGAGAGAGAGAGAGAGAGAGAGAAAGAGAGAGAGAGAGAGGGUGGCCCCCAACUUUUGGCCCUGCCCUGCCCACAUUUGGCUCUGACCCCACUCACUGAUGGCAUGUGACUCUCUCCUGCAGGAAUGCUGCCCUUAACAGAAAAAAUUCUCCCCACCCUUUCCCUGAACCUUUCAUGAGUUGACCAGCCUUUUAAUUUCUCAGUUCUGUAGAGGGUGAUUUUCUACUUACCAUCCCCUUUACUUUGCCUCCCCAGUGCUUGGAGUGCAUUGCAAACGGAGAACUCAACCCGGCCAGCUUCUGCGUUGCAGCACAGUGUUUUUGUUGAAAGCUUUCCCCAUUUCUCCCUUCCUCCUUUGCUGGAGACUGAGCUGCUCUCUCAGCAUGGGGGAAUUUAAUGUCAAAGGUGAAGUUCUUCCAAGGUUAAUGCUGAUUGGAUAGAAACCAGUGAAGCUUUGUCUAUUACUGCGUUAUUCACAGAGGAAUAUUGCUAAGAAGUGUGCACUGCCGGUGGCAUUCUUUUGAAAGCCUGGCUAUGCCAUUGCUGAUCAUCUCAUUCUGUGGUAGAGAAUUCCACAGAUCAUAUACUGGUUAAUAAACAUUUAUUUUGAUGCGUUUUAA